AUGAGCCGUCUGUCGCGGGCUUUCGCUUCUUCGGGCAGAGGGUCUCCUCCGGCCCCCGUGUCCUCGCCGUCUCCCGAGCAUGCCUCGGACGCGCUUCAUAUAUCGCCGUCGCCCUCGGCAGAUGGUACGAACGAUACGGGUCCCGAGCCUCUUGCCGGCGUACUCUCACCGCCGCGCGCCAUCGAGGCGUCCGAGACGACUACGUCCGUCGCUGGCUUCUCAACGUCAGACGCAAUCACCAGCGUCUCAAUCGCUUCCAUCGACGUCCCAGCCGCGGCCAGCGACGACUCGAUGACACAGAUGUGGUCUCAGGCAGUGGCGCAAUGGCAGAGGAAGAUGGGCGUCGACUUGGCCUCUUCGGAAGCUAUGCUGUUCAGUUCCAAGGACGCCGUGAUAGGCUACAUUGCGAGAAUGGAGGAGGAAGAGCAGGAAGCGUUCGCGAAUGGCCGAUGGAAACGCGUCCGCAACAGCUUCAUCCCGUUAGCCUGCAUCUUCGAGAAGCUCUGCGCCUUUCCUCCGAGCCAGAUCUUAUUCUCAACCUUGGGGAUGAUCGUCAGCGCAUCUGUAAAGACCCUCGAGGAACACGACCAGAUUGCGAGCGCAUUCGACGAGAUCAGGACACAAUUGCAAGUAGUCGAAGCUGUCUCUAUGCAAGCCGAAGACUUGCUCCGCGACGCGUCUAUCCGACUGUUAAUUCAGUCGAUCACAGUUCUUCAGGUCAUUGUGAAGAUGAAGCGUUCAGGCCGCCUCCGUUUAUGGCUGAAGAGUCUCAUCGACAUGCGGCCUCUGUCUGAAGCAUUGCAAGACCUCGGUCGCCUUGCUAAUCGGCACCAUGAAGUGAUAGCAGGAGUCACAUACGAAAAGGUGACGCAAAUGAUGUCAAGCCUUGCUGACGAAAGAGUGUCUCAAAAUUGGGUGAACCAGAGUAUCCUGGACUUAUUGCAACUCGUGCGUCGCAUUCAAGAGAACGCACUUUCGACGAAGGAAGACAUUCUUGCACACCGUGCCGUUCUACGCCGCCUCGAGCUUUCGCUCUACCUGCAGACGAACGACCUGAAGCAAAUAAAGACAUCUGUCGAGCUCGACAAGAUCGGGCAGUGGCUCGGGUAUUCGAACUGCUCGUCCAAACUCAGCAAGCUCCUGGAUGACCGUGCAGAGGGUACCGGCUCAUGGUUCCUCGAUGGUGACGUUUUCGCCGCAUUCAGAGAAGGGAGUAUCAGAUCCGUACUGCUUAACGGAAAGGCUGGCUGUGGUAAAAGUACGAUGAUCGCCGCUGCUGCUCAAGUCCUGCAGGCGCGCUGCGUAGCGCUUACUCCUCAGCCCCUCGUGCUCGUCCAUCUCUUCGACACUACCGACGGCUCCCAUGUGCGCGAUUUACGCACCCUCCUUUCCGCCCUAGUAUAUCAAGUGGCACUAAAAUGUCCUCAAUCUGCUCUUACCAUAUUCGAGGCCCGCAAGAGGGCCAUCGAGAAUGGAUUCGCAACGAAGACCGACAAGGAACGCUUGCUCAUGAGCUUACUUCGUGCUGUUUCAUCCCGGGUUUUUAUCGUCAUUGAUGCAUUGGAUGAGGCCGAGCAGACCGAUGUCCUUCCUUUUCUACACCGUCUGAAGGGGAUAUCUACCGUCUCACUACUCGCCUCUCGUCGCACACCAGUGAAUGUAGCUCAUUUGUUCGACAUCAUGGUUGCUGUCGGUGACAAUGACACGGAUAGCGAUAUCGGAGCAGUACUCGACAUAUCAUUAUCCUCUGGUGGUGUGCUGGAAAGCAUCAGAGACCGCGACGGAGUGAGACAGGCGCUGCUAGCGGGGGCAGAGGGAAAUUUUCGCUGGACGACGUUGGUCAUCCAGGAGCUCAGGAGUAUCGCAGGAUUACCGGGCAAGGUUCGCCAGCGCUUGAAAGUCCUUCCCGAAUCGCUGGAAGUCCUUUACAAAGGAUGCCUGGAUGCGAUCGAUCCUGCGGAUCGAGCUGAUGUGCGACGCUUACUUCUAUGGCUCGUCCGCACGGUGCAA